AAGCAGGGGAAGCCUCUCCACGCUGCCCUUACCGAGACCACGGGCGGGAGCGGAUGACCAGAUCCAACCUGUACUUGUAUCUUACUCUUCUCCAAAAUACUUAUUCUGCUGAUACUGAAGAGGAUGUGUUCCAAGGACAUACUUUGUUGUCAGAAAGUCCAUUAUCAGAGGAGCUUCGUUCCCAGAGGAUUCAUUAUUCAAGGUGAAAAAUUAGAUUAUUUCAAAAGCUGGAGCUGAAUGUAAUGUUAAAUAAUGGCAACAGGUGACUUAAAAAGAAGCUUACGGAACCUAGAACAAGUGCUUCGCUCACUAAAUUAUCCUCAAGAGGUGGAUUGUGUUGGUUUGGUAAAGGGAGAUACAGCAGCAUCCUUGCCCAUCAUUAGUUAUUCCCUUACCUCAUAUUCACCUUAUGUAGCAGAACUUCUGAUGGAAUCCAAUAUAGAGCUCAUAGCGAAGAAUGACUUGCGCUUUAUAGAUACCGUCUAUAAGCUUCUUCGUGAUCAAUUUAAUUAUAAACCUAUCUUGACAAAAAAGCAGUUUCUCCAAUGUGGAUUUGCAGAAUGGAAAAUCCAAAUUGUUUGUGAUAUUUUGAAUUGUGUGAUGAAAAAGCACAAGGAAUUGAGUGGUCUUGAGAAGAUUCCAUCACAACAAAGAAAGAAAAUCAGUUCAGUUAAGUCAGAACCUUCUUCAAGCACUGAGAAAACAUCCACAGAACCUGUUGGCAUUGACAUCACUGGCAGGUUUAUGACUUCAGGAAAGAAAAAAGCUGUGGUGAUCCGUCACCUGUAUAACGAAGAUGGUGUUAACAUUCCUGAAGAUACGAUAAGUACCGUAACAGAUGUUAGUGGAACAUUUGAUGUGUGUGACUUAAAGACGACUGAAAUAAAGAUUCCUGAAAUAAAGUUCCCUGAAAUCAAGUCUGAACAACAAGAUAUUAAAAUUAAUCCUGAGAUUACUGCACUACAGACUAUGCUUGCUCAAUGCCAAGAAAAGCUUCAGAAACUGACUUUGGUAGAGAGUAGAUUAGACUCUUUGGAAGAAAAAAUGAAAGGAAGAGUGAUGGUAAAUGAAAAAACGUGGACUAAUCUUCUAAGUCGUGUCACUCUUCUUGAAACAGAAAUGCUUUUGUCUAAAAAGAAUAAUGAAUAUAUAGACUUCAGUGAAACAAAUGAAGACUAUGAAUCUAGUAAUGACAUGGAUAUUCUGAAUCCUGAUAGAAAAAGCAAAGAUGAGAGGCAAACAAGUAUUCCUCUAUCCUCUGGUUAUAGUACAGUGUCAUCAGAUUCAACUCCCAGAACCUCAACUGGUAGUUACUGUGGUUUGAAAGAGAAUUCAGAGGUUUGAAGAAACCGCAGAGUUACUGAAAUGUCCAAAUCACCAGUUAUAGAAUUUUCUGCGUGAACUUCUCUAGGCCUUUGGCUACUGUACAUGUUGUAUAUUUUAAGAAUUCUCUAUAAAUUUUAAUAUACUGCAAUAUUUUUAUGAAGAAUUUGAAUUCCAUUUGGUAUAUGAGUUUUUUCAAUAUUGAAUAAAUACUUAUUUUUAUGCUAUGAUUACACUUCUUUACUCUGUUUUACUUUUUUAAGGAAAACUUAUGUGCCAGUACAUUUCUUUUACAGAGUGAAGUCAUUACAGCACUGUAUUUUUGUGUUGACAUUUGUUGGCAGUGUGCUAAGUAAUAUGUUUUUUAAAGUACAGACUUGUGGACCAUGGUUUACAUCCUGUUGGAAACAUUCCAACUGGGACUUGUGUAUUGUACCCAGGAGGCUCUCAUGCACACCAUCUUGCCAUCUGUACUGACUAAUAUGUUGUAAUGAAAAGGCAGAAAUGCUCAUUGAAAAUUAAAUAAAAUACAAUUUUAUGUUUAAUAAGAAAGGAGUUAUACAUUUUCAGUUAACACUGAAAAGAGUGAGGGUAUGAUUUUCUUUUUGUAUUUAGCAACAGGUCAGAAAGUUCACCAUGAAAAAUGUGUUGAGUAUUUUAGUGCUCUAUUCCAUAACACAUUUUAAGAUCAGCAGCACAGACACAGAUGGUGGCCAUCCAAUAUUACAAGAUACACAGUAUGGUUUUUGUUUUCUUUUAAGUGAUGGGAAGUUACAUAUUUUUC